AAACAUUAGCCCUAUCCAAACCAUUCACAAGACAGAGAGCUAAAGAGACAGAGAGAGACAGAUAGAGAGAAGAGCGAGAGAAGGAAAGACAGACUGAAUCUAACUUCUGAAAGGGUCAUCUGGGUCAUCUGGGUCCAUCAUGAAGGGGCUGGCCUUGAUGACGACACUUCUCUCAGGACUGUGUGCCCUCUCCUCAUGCCUUCCUCAUCAGUACCACCUUGUUAACGAACCAAAGACCUGGACUGAAGCCCAGAGAUACUGCAGAGAGAAGUACACUGACCUGGCCACCAUAGACAACAUGGAGGACAUGAACAACCUGGGAAACAUGUUGGCAGCCAAUAAUAUCAGUUCUGGAGUUUGGACAGGUCUGUAUUCCAAGGGCACUUGGAGAUGGGCCGUGACACACAUACAGGGACAGGUACAUUUCAGGAACUGGAAAGAUGGAAAACCCAGCAUGACUGGAGAACCACCUCUCUGUGCUUCGUUGGACAGUCUCACCGGCUCGUGGGAAGACCAACUGUGUACCACAACAUUGAAGUUUGUCUGCCAAGGAGACACUUUUGUAUAUGUCAAUGAAACAAUGACCUGGACGGAAGCUAAGCGUUACUGCAGGCAGCACUUCACAGACCUGGCCAGAGUGAGGAACCAGACUGAGAACCAGCAGAUACAGGAGAUGUUACCUAGAAACACGAAUGUCUGGAUCGGCUUGUUAAAAAAUCCCUGGAAGUGGUCAGAUGGAAGCAAGUCCUCCUUCACAUGCUGGAGUGACAAUCAACCUGAUGAGAAUGGAUUGAUUGGUGAAUGUGUGGCAUCAGUGAUAAUUACAAACAUGCAGUGCUAUGAUUGGACAUGUGAUUAUACCCUUCCCUUCUUCUGCUAUAGUGUCCCCAGAGAGCAUUUGGUGAGGAUGAGUCUGACCAGAGAGAACUCUGGUGUGGACCUAGAGGAUCCUGCUGUGAUGGAGGCCAUCUUACAACAGGUCCAGGUGAAGCUGAGAGAGAAGGGGCUGACUGAAGACUUCCAGCUGAGGUGGAGAAAGCAGCCAGAUGGAAUGGUCUUCCACAAUGAGGAAGACGAGGAAUAGAAGGAAGAGGAAACCUGAUCUGACUAAAAGAAACCUACAUUUUGAAGAAAUGCACAUAAUCAAUACCUGUUUUGUGAUAGAAAAUAGAAUUUUCCCUGUUGAAUCAGAUAAUAUAUUUUAAUAUUAUUUUCCCUUUUAUCUAGUAGAGAUUAUUUUUGACUGCUAAAUACAUUCAGAACAUAAGUCAUGCAAAUUCUUUUCUAUCACUUUCUCAAAAUGUUAUUCGUAACAAAUGCUUUAACCGAUUUAAUACAUGUAUUAGAGAUUUUUUGUCGCAAUGUUCACAGAAAUGAUUCAUGUCCAGUAUCUUUGACGACUCCUCAAGAUAUUUAGCAUUUUCUGUGUGCCUUCUGACUAAUAAAACCUCUUGAAAU